ACUCAGAAGAUGAAUCUCUUCCAAUCCAUAACAAGUGCCUUGGACAAUGCUUUAGCCAAAGAUCCGACUGCAGUAGUAUUUGGUGAAGAUGUGGCCUUUGGUGGAGUCUUCAGGUGUACAGUUGGCUUGCGAGACAAAUAUGGUAAAGAUAGAGUUUUCAACACCCCCUUGUGUGAACAAGGAAUUGUUGGCUUUGGUAUUGGAGUUGCUGUUGCAGGUGCUACAGCCAUUGCAGAAAUUCAGUUUGCAGAUUACAUUUUUCCAGCAUUUGAUCAGAUUGUUAACGAAGCAGCAAAAUAUCGUUACCGCUCUGGAGAUCUGUUUAAUUGUGGAAGCCUCACCAUCAGAGCCCCCUGGGGCUGUGUGGGUCAUGGUGCACUAUAUCACUCUCAAAGUCCAGAAGCUUUUUUUGCUCACUGUCCAGGAAUAAAGAUUGUUAUUCCAAGGAGUCCUCUUCAGGCCAAAGGACUGCUGCUGUCAUGCAUAGAGGACAAAAACCCAUGCAUAUUCUUUGAACCUAAAAUACUUUACAGAGCUGCAGUGGAACAAGUUCCUGUGGAGCCCUACAACAUUCCUCUGUCUCAAGCUGAGGUGCUGCAGACGGGCAGUGAUGUGACACUGGUUGCUUGGGGCACUCAGGUACAUGUGAUCAAAGAGGUGGCAGCAAUGGCUCAAGAAAAGCUUGGUGUAUCCUGUGAAGUUAUUGAUCUGAGGACCAUCUUACCCUGGGAUACAGAGACCGUUUGCAAGUCGGUGGUGAAGACUGGGCGAUUGCUGAUUAGCCAUGAGGCUCCCUUGACAGGAGGAUUUGCAUCUGAAAUCAGUUCCACAGUUCAGGAAUGUUGGAAUCAGACACAGAAAAAGCACCCAGGUCCAGUACAGUAUAACGUGGUGUUAGACAUAGUGUUCAGAGACCUCAUUAGGAAAGCAAUCUGUGAAAGUGGUUCAUGUAUAGUUGUGGUGAUGCUCACGCAUGUGUAG